AUGGCAAGGCGGCGGCGACCUCUACGCGACAGUGGCAAGCUAAGAGAAUCAUCUGCUUACCUGAGGCCCAUGAACGCCACCCUGGCAGCGAGCGUCAGCGAGACCGGUCCUACAUUGCCCAAUGGCGUUCUUCGAGCGCAAGCCAAGCACCGCAACAACAGUACCACAGUCUCUGAGACGAAUGUCGAACCAUCUCUUGCCGAUCGGUUCAAUGCUCUUCCUACAGAGCUACGUGCCGAAGUCUUCUCCCACCUCCUCGUUCGGCCCGUCAAGUGGGAUGUUGAGCACCACCACGACUGUCCUCGCCGCAGCUCUGACGAAGAUCUGACACCAUUUAUCUGCGAUUGCGACUGCGCCGUUGAUCAUCACCGUGCAGACUGGCGAAAGAGGCAGUACGAGCAGACCAAGCCGAAGGUAUCGCCCUGGAGGAGCCAGUGGGCGCCUGAGCAAGCCAAUCCUUACGUGUGCUCGGAUUGCUACCACGAGAGAGCCCUACGACCUGGACCACAUCCUCGCACCAGCUCACUACCAUGUCUGUGCGCACGAAGAGAGAAUCUUCAGAUCCUUCUCGUGUGCAGGAAGUGGUAUGAAGAAGCUGCCAUGGUAUUUUACACCAAGAACAUCUUCGCCUUCGAAGAUGGAUUCUCGUUCGUGAGUUUCGUCACUUACAUGAACUCGCGAUGGCGGCAAGUCAUAUCUCAUAUCAGCAUCAUGGUGGUGUCUCUCGACAUUUGGCCCGACGAGGUGGUCACAUGGAUCAGAGAUACGUGUGAAGGCGCGAGUGAUGAUCUGCUCCGGGUUCGGCUAGACUCUGUCUCGAUCUGGACACGACUUCGUCAACUCCCGGCGCUGACUUAUCUGGAGCUGGAUCACUGCUUCCUGACAAGGACCAGAACCGUUAGGCGCAUGCAGCGACUGGGACUGAAGGGCGUGAAGCAAGUCUGCUUUACGCAAUCGUUGUCGGCCGACCAACAUCCAGAGUGGGCGAGGGGCACUCCAACAGUGUGGCCUGCCUACGCCGGGCGGAAGCUGCUUGUGGAAGGGUUUGCCGGCGAGAUGGCACGAAUGAUUAAGGGACAAAGGCAGAAGAAGUUGAAGAAUAAGUCGAAGCUCGAAGAGUUGAUGCUCGACUUCCGCGUUGAGAUCGGUGAAGCUGAACGGAGAGUAGAGUGGUGGGAGGUUUGA